GUCGUGCCGACAGUGAGCUGCAGCUCAGUCAAAGAAUCUGUUUCAUCUUCACAGUUUAUUCUAUGGAAGUGGAUUUUAUGUGCAGAGGCGAAUACAAUAGCGCCUCCUGUGGACGUUUUGCAAUGUUUCCCCUAACAUUAUAUCAAUGGGGCACCCGCUGCUGGCCGAUCCGUUACUACCCCCCUACCUGGUCGUAAACCUUGGGGAAACCCUAUUUUAUGUAUUAAAAACAAUAAUAACAUGAUAUUACACCCAAUGAGGGCUUUAGGGAAUUGGCAGGAAGUUGCGUCUGCAGGUGAAGCAGCGAUAAGUCCUGCUAAGAAGAUCUGUCUGCGCACACACACACACACACACACACACACACACAGUAAGCUGAGCUUUGUGCGCUGGGAUCACAGUCUGAUGAGGUCGCGCUGCUGCUGAACAGAGAAGAUGAUGGAAGCUGUUGGCGGCUCAUGGCGGAAGAAUCACAACUGACCUCUGAACCCGAGAGAGAGGCUGGACACGGUGUCAUGGACGCCGUAGAUGCGUCUCCUCUAAGGCGUUUUGUUGUGGCGAAGCGUUUGAUUACCUCCAUCUUUGAUCAGCUGCUGGAUUUUGUAAAGGACGGCUCCGCCUUUGUGGACGAGGCGUGGCGAGGAGACGACCCGGGUCAGGUGGCCGUGGAGGAGCAGAGUCUGGAGCUGCAGAGCUGUGCCACCAAGCUGUGGACCAUCAAGGAGGUUCUGGUCCGGAGACACAUGAAGGUGGCCUUCUUCGGCAGGACGAGCAACGGGAAGAGUACGGUGAUCAACGCCAUGCUGAGGGACCGCGUGUUGCCCAGCGGCAUCGGUCACACCACAAACUGCUUCCUGAGGGUGGAAGGAACCGACGCCGACGAGGCUUACCUCACCACCGAGGCGUCCAGCGACCGGAGGAGCGUCACCACGGUGAACCAGCUGGCUCAUGCCCUCCACAUGGUUCCCACUCUGGACUCUGGCAGUCUGGUGAAGGUGAUGUGGCCUAAAAGCCGUUGUGCUCUGCUGAGAGACGACCUGGUGCUGAUGGACAGCCCUGGCACUGACGUCACUCUAGAGUUAGACACCUGGAUCGAUAAGUUCUGUCUGGAUGCCGACGUCUUCGUUUUGGUUGGAAACGCUGAGUCGACGCUCAUGAACACAGAGAAACUGUUCUUCCACAAAGUCAGCGAGCGAAUCUCCAAACCGAAUAUCUUCAUCCUCCACAACCGAUGGGACGCGUCAGUGAGUGAACCUGAAUACAUCGAGGAGGUGAGGAAGCAGCACCUGGACCGCGGUGUGCGUUUCCUGGCCGAGGAGCUGAAGGUGGUCAGCCUGGACGAGGCUCCGGGAAGGAUCUUCUUUGUCUCCGCCAAGGAGGUCCUGAGCUCCAGGAUGCAGCGAGCACAGGGCAUGCCUGAGACAGGUGGCGCUCUCGCUGAAGGUUUCCAUGAGAGACUCAGAGAGUUCCAGAUGUUUGAGAGGACGUUUGAGGAGUUCAUCUCUCAGUCUGCAGUGAAGACCAAGUUUGAGCAGCACACAGUGAGAGCGAGGCAGAUCACUGAGGCCAUCAAAGCCGUGAUGGACGCCAUCAACAUCGCCUCGGCCGACAGGAAGAUCUGCUGCCUGGAGGAGCGUGAGGAUCAGAAGGACCGGCUCGACUUCGUCAGAGGACAGAUUAACCGUCUCACCGUCAGCGUCAAAGAGAGGAUCAAGACUCUGACCGACGACGUCUCUGCCAAGGUUGCCACCGCGCUGACGGAUCAGAUCCGCUCGCUUCCCGUUCUGGUGGAGGAGUUCAGAGCAGAUUUCAACCCCACACAAGAAGCUCUGGAGCUCUACAAAACUAAGCUGCUGCAGCACGUGGAGGACAGGCUGGUCGGCUGUUUGUCUCAUCGCUGCUCAGCCGGCGUCCUCAGGGACAUGGCAGAGACUCAGAGACACAUGACGGACAGCGUCCAACCUCUUCUGUCUCCGUCAGUCCACGACCGGCUCUCCGCUCCCUCCGCCUCCUUCGACCUGACCUACGACCUCGGCCUGGUCGCCCUGUGCACAGACUUCCGUGAGAACAUCGAGUUCCAGUUCUCUCUGGGCUGGACGGCCCUCGUCGCCCGCUUCAUCGGCGCGUCCAACGCCAAGCGGGCGCUGGGCGCCGCCGCAGACGUGCGGCCUCAGGUGGGUCCGGCCGCCGCCGCCUUGUUUAUGCGUCCACGUUGUUUACGCUUCAGCUCGUCUCCGUUGAUGCUGUUUGCGGAAACAUCCACCUUCAAGGACGACAUGGCGGUUUCCAUAGCGACGGGCCUGUCCUGCGUCUCCUCCCGAGCGUCCAUGGCGGGGAUGGUGGUCGGUGGCGUGGUGUGGCGCUCUGUGGGCUGGCGUCUCCUCGCUCUGUCCUUGUCUCUCUACGGGCUGCUCUACCUGUACGAGAAGCUCACGUGGACGGACGGCAGCAGGGAGCGCGCCCUGAAGCAGCAGUUUGUGGAGCACGCCGCUCGUCGCCUGAGGGCCGCCGUCCCGGCCGCCGGCUCCGCCUGCAGCCAGCAGGUGCACAAGGAGCUGGCGUCCACCUUCGGCCGCCUGGCGCAGAGAGUCGAUCUGAGCGAGGCGGAACUGGAGGGGAACAUCCGGCAGCUGAGCUUCAGGAUCCAGAGACUGGAGAACCUCCAGAGGAGGUCCAAGGCCUUCAGGAACCGAGCCACAGAGCUGGAGACCCAACUGGAGGCCUUCUCCGUCCAGUACCUGCAGGAGGUCUAACUGGACUCAUGUUACGCUUAGAGAUCAUAUCACCACUCCUCCAUCUUAUCUGCAUGUUAGUACGGCAACCCACAAGGGACAAACGGACCUCUGGAACCGCCCGGCUCUACAAGGAAAAGACUUUGGGAGGAAGAGGAAGAGGAGGAAGCUGCUGACUCACUACUUCUUCUCCUGAGGAGUUUGAGGAGUACAUCUGGACAGUUGGAGAACACAAGCCUUGUUUCCAGAUGUUUCUGAAGCUGGUUUUUAUCUGCUCCUGAUCCUGCAGGAUCAAGACCAACACAUGACAACGUUUGGGGGAUCGUGUGAAGCAGCAACACCAGUAUAGAUGUUACCAUAGCUAGCUAAGCUAACCGCUAACUAAACAUAAAUACAUGUGAGAUGAAUCCUGUUUGUCAUUAAAGUCUCGUCUGACUGAGGA